AUGGAUCUGAAAGCUGGCAAACAUCUAGUAGCACCAGCGAUAAAUAAUAUCAGUUGCUCCCAUAAUCGGUUCGCCGGUCACUUCUUCGCCCAGAUCGGCCCGUUCGAUGUCAUACAGGCGCUGUUCAUCGUGCUGCUAACGUUCCUGGUCAUCGGUGCGAACCUGAUGGUGAUACUCGUGAUCAAUAGCCGCCGCUAUGCUGCGUACAUCCAUCCGCAGCCCCGCUACCUGCUGACGUCGCUGGCCCUCAACGAUCUGGCCAUCGGGCUGCUGAUCAUACCGUUUAGCGCCCUCCCCGCCUUACUACACUGCUGGCCUUACGGAGAAAUCUUUUGCCAAAUACAGGUAAGCGCGUUACUACGUGGAGCUUUAUCACAACAAAGUGCUGUUAUACUCGUGUGCAUGGCGGUCGACCGAUACCUGUGCGUGCUGCAUCCCCGGAUAUACCACAAGCGGUCCAGCAAAAAGGGCUGUGUUGCGGUUUUGAGCGUCACGUGGAUACUGUGUCUGACCUGCUUCGGGUUGCUGGUUCUACCGAAAGGUUAUUACUUCAACAAAACGGGGCUGCUGGCGUGCGAGCCGUUCUACAGCAAAUCGUCCUACCGGAUCCUGUCCAGCUGUGCGCUCUACUUCCCCACCACGAUGGUGCUGAUGUACUGCUACGGAUCAAGUUUCCACGCGAAUCGAUACCGGCUGGCGGCACCGAGUGCCGCCGCAUCCCUCUCGCUGAACGUCUCCAGCUCCGGCGGUGGACGGACAGCCGCAGCGAUCGACGCCACCGCCAACGGUGGGGCCACCGGCCGAGCUGGUGCCAGCCUUCCUGGCCGGAGCAAGCAGGACACUAUCGAGACGCUAACGGCCAACACCAGUUCCGUGCUGGAGCACCACGCCUGCGACGGGAACAUGCUGACGGAAGUCACCGCCAUUACGCCGAUGUCGGUCUCCUUCUCCGAAAAGGUAAGUCUGCUGGGCGAAGAGGACGACAGCAUGGUACACGGUUCGACGUCGCGGACGAUGGCGGCCAUAUCAUUAGGUUUUAUAGUUAUAAUCACCCCCUGGACGAUACAGGAGAUCGUGGCCACGUGCACCGGCUCGAAGAUACCACCAUCGAUCGAUUUCUGCGUCACGUGGAUAGCUUUAAGCAGUAGUUUUUGGAACCCUUUUCUGUACUGGCUGUUGAAUGCGAGAUUUCGGCGCAUCUGCAAGGACCUGCUCACGUCCAAGUGUACGAGAGGCAGCCGAAGUUCGCUGGAGGAAAAGUGUAGCAUAAGCUUAGAGUACGAUCACCAGCUAACGUCACUGCCACUGCCGCCGGGGCCACCGCCGGCAACGAUCUGCCGGUCGGCCCUACACACACCCCGCCCGGACAUCGAGUGCCCGGAGAAGUACUGGGGCGACAUCCUGGAGCGCACGUUCAGCACCGGCAGCAUCAACACGCUGCACCAGCGGAUGGGCAACGUGGCGCCGUUGCACUUCAGCAACCGUCAGCCGAGCAACUGCGGCCUGGCGCAUCCGCAGCCCCAGCUCCACUACCGCUGCGAGCAGCACCAGCUGAUGCGCAACCCCAGCAGCACCAGCAUCCCGGAGCAGGACCACAGUACCGGGUCCGGCUGCUACAAGGACCUGGACGUGGAUCUGGGCGGCCACUUCCCGGGUGCCGGCUCACAGCCGCUGGUGUGCGAGCGCGAGCUGCACGACAUCAACUGUGCCAAAAACAAAGCAUUCUUCCGGGGCUUCAACCUGCACCAGGGGCUGCCCGAUAUCUAG